UCAUCAUCGUCAUCGACGAGCGCAAGAGUGAUUCCUUUUGGCCAGCCAGUGAAGGCGAGUUUCAAUAUUGCUCCAUGAAAAGUGAUAAAAUUCCGGUGAAAACCGACGGUAUUCGCUAGCUAAAGUGUACCCGCGAACGAAAGUGUCCGACUUCCGGUGCGGUUCAGUGUAUACGGAAGUCCCCGUUCCGCCCGGUGGAAUCGCAGUGAAAAUUUUCACUUUUCGGUGCGUGCGGCGCCCCCCUGAUCCACAUCAUUGUCGGCAACGGCGGCGGUAGCAGAAAUAUAGUUCUCCACCCCAGGUGGCCGUGGUCGCAAGUGAGUGUUUUCCCCCAGCAGGGUCGCGCUUCGUGAAAUCUCGCUCUUCGCCGAGCUGGUACCCGUCAGUCAGUGUUUUUGGUGCCAAAAAGGUGCGCAAAAUUGUGGUCUUCAGAAAAGAAGUGAAAAAUGUGAUGCGAAAAUCUGGCCGUCUGGAGAAUUUUUCGCCAUCAGGAAAGUGUGAAGAAGAAGCCCAGUGGAAAGCCUGUUGGUUCUGGGGAAGGGUGAGAGUGGCGGCAGUGCAGUCAGUCCUUUCGGAGAAUCCGCCGUCUCUUCGCAGGCAGACGAAAGAAGACAACCAUCUCUAGUGAGAGGUUUUUUUUUGUGCAUGUGUGGGUAGUUUGUUAUGUUGGGCGAGACAGCGCCACGCACACACUUGAACGAAAACCAUCAUCGUGCGAAACGGUGAAAUUUGAGAGACGCAAACUGAAGAGAGAGAGAGAGAGAAGAGAAUGUGCUGAGAUCCAACAAGUGUUGCCAAUUUGCGGGAUUGGGUUGCCGGUGGCAGGAAUCACAGGCCUAAACACAAUACGAACCAACCACUACGUCGCAGCAGAGGACCCUCAAUGAUCUGCUUCCGGUGAACUGCUCAGCAUCUCCAGCAUCAGGCAUCAGCAGCCCCCGCACAUCACGCCAGAGGUGCAGUCGCAAUAGCAGCCAAUAGCAGUCAGUCAGCAUAACAAAAGCCACCCCCUGGAUCACCACCACCCCCAAGCUGCACACGAGUUUGUGUGUUUGUGCGUGCGUGUGCGCCCCGCGCCUUUGUCUGUUCCUCGUGUGUACGUCGUGAAACUGAUCCCUGUUCAAAUAAUAAAUCGGAAUAUAACAAUAACAAUAUAAAGGAAAAAUCGCGAGCAGCAACAGCAUCAACAACAGGAGCAGCAGUGCCUAGUGAGAGCACGGUGAAGAAGCGGGAUUCAGUCGGAAAAAGAAGAUCGUCUGUCUCGUGUCUCACGUCGUCGUCGUCGUCGUCGUCGUCUCGAACGUGAAGAAUAAAGCAGCUGGAAAAUUCGCUUGUGUGACUAAUCGUGAAGAUUUUCUUUGUCAUCAUCGCGCGCAUUUUGUCGGUUCGUCUGAAGCGAGUGUGGGUCCGUGGGAGGGUGCAUUUUCCUUGCAUCGUCCCGUAAGGUGUGUGUGAGAGCUUGUUGGAGCGGUGAAGAGAAAAUGCUCACAGUUCGUCCCGUCGAGUGGUGGGUUCUAGUUCGAUGCGAAUGAGGUCGUUUUCGAAUGUGCAAUAGAGUAGUGUUCUGAUUGGAGGCGCACUACGAAGAGGGAAAGCCAGUGGUUUUAUAUAUGAUCUGUGAAAGUGCUAAUUGUAUACAAAAAGGUUUAAUUGUAAAGUUAUUCAUCGUGAUAAGCAAAAUUUGUGCUUCAUUUAUGAAGAGAGAAGAUAUCCCUAUCAAAUUGUUGAUAGAGAAAGGGGUAUUUCAAAGGAAGAACCCGGAGUGAGCGCAUACUACGCUCAUUCCGGUAGUUUGGUAGGGUUCCGAUUGCUUCGCAUUGAACGCGCGUGUGAAUGUGUUUGCCGGGGGCAUGAUAGUCCCCCCUCAUCUGGCCGCAGCACUCAACAACAGUGGUGGGGGGUCCGGUGGAAACAAUAACAAUAGUGGCAACAACAGCAGUAGCAGUAGUUUGUCCGUUACUGGAGCAGGAGGCAGCGGCGCGGUCACGGCAGCACCAGGAGCGACAUCAUCAUCGCUUCUAGUCAGCGGCAGCCAGGAUAGUCUGAGUGGGUUUGUACUCAGCGGGGUAGGAGGAGGAGGAGGCGGAGGCGGCGGCGGUAACGGUAACGGAAGCGGCAGUAGCGGUAGCGGCUCUAGCCGCACCGGAUCCAGCAACGGAAGCGGCCAUCGCAUACUUGCCGUCAAUCGUAACAUUGAUGACCUACUGUUCGGUAGUGACUUGGACUCGUUAAUCAAUGACAAUAUUAUCAAUGGGUUCAAAUCGUUGAAAGUAGCGAAAUCACAUUCGCAGGAUCACUUGGAUUAUCAGCAUCCGCAGCGUCAUUCACAUCAUCUACACCAGCAGCAGCAGCAGCAGCAACAACCAUUUUACCAUCAUUAUCAUUCGCAUCCGUUGCAUUCAUUGCCACCAAUUCAGCAGCAACAGCAGUACCAACAUCAACCACAGCAACAAGCACCAACAUCGUUACAUUACUACCAUCAUCAACAUCUGCAACAGCAGCAGCAGCAGCAGCAACAGCCACAAGCUAAUCACUGGAUUGAAUCGGAUAUCAUAACAAAUAGCAAGAUGCUGACGGACAAGGCGAAACAAAAACUAGCAGCACAAUAUGCAUCCGGAAAUGUUCCUGACUCAACGCGGCAAAGGCAUCAUGCGCCGCUUUACGGAAGACUGGUUACAGAAGAACACUUACCUGCCGCUCAUCGUGAUAUACAUCAGCGUUCGAUAAGUCCUACAUCAUCGACAGACAUUCGGGCGAUGCAAGCCCGGAUACCAUCGCAUUUUCGAGACCCAACGACGGCACCGCUGCGGAAGCUGAGCGUGGAUCUAAUCAAAACCUACAAACACAUCAAUGAGGUUUACUAUGCCAAAAAGAAACGAAGAGCUCAACAAACCCAGGGCGAGGACACUUCCCACAAGAAGGAACGAAAGCUAUACAACGAUGGCUAUGACGACGAGAACCAUGACUACAUCAUCAAAAAUGGCGAGAAGUUUCUCGAUCGCUAUGAAAUCGAUUCACUCAUCGGCAAAGGCAGCUUCGGUCAGGUGGUGAAAGCGUACGACCACGAGGAGGAGUGCCAGGUGGCGAUCAAAAUCAUCAAAAACAAAAGACCCUUCCUCAGUCAAGCACAAAUCGAGGUGAACCUGCUGGAGAUGAUGAACCGGGCGGAUGCGGAGAACAAAUACUAUAUUGUAAGGCUGAAGCGACACUUUAUGUGGCGGAAUCACCUGUGUUUAGUAUUCGAGCUGUUAUCCUAUAAUUUAUACGACUUAUUGCGCAAUACGAACUUCCGCGGGGUUUCGCUGAAUCUGACGAGGAAGUUUGCCCAGCAGUUAUGUACGGCGUUAUUAUUUUUAAGUUCACAAGAAUUAAAUAUCAUACACUGUGAUUUAAAACCAGAAAAUAUAUUAUUAUGUAACCCUAAACGGUCAGCAAUUAAGAUAGUAGAUUUUGGCAGUUCAUGUCAGCUAGGACAAAGGAUAUAUCAAUACAUACAAUCACGUUUCUACCGCUCGCCGGAGGUACUACUAGGGAUACCGUACGACUUAGCAAUAGACAUGUGGUCGCUCGGGUGCAUACUGGUGGAAAUGCACACCGGCGAGCCGCUGUUCUCCGGCUCGAACGAGGCGGACCAAAUCAACAAGAUCGUCGAGGUGCUCGGGAUGCCCCCGAAGCACAUCCUCGACCAGGCGCACAAAACUCGCAAGUUCUUCGAGAAGCUCCCGGACGGAUCGUACGUGCUGCGGAAAACGCAAAACCAGCGCAAGUACAAGGCGCCCGGCACCCGGAAGCUGCACGACAUCCUCGGCGUGGAAACGGGCGGACCGGGCGGCCGGAGGCACGGCGAACCCGGCCACAGCGUAUCCGACUAUCUUAAGUUUAAGGACCUAAUUUUAAGGAUGCUGGAUUACGAUCCGAAGACGCGCUGCACACCGUACUAUGCCUUGCAACACAACUUCUUCAAGCGGACGUCGGACGAGAGCACCAACACGGCGAACACGAUCAGCUCGCUCAGCACCAGCCCGUCGGUUAGCACGCAGGACCCCAGCAGUCACGGUCUAUCUUCGUUACAACAUCAACCUCAAUCGGUGCACCACCAGUCUCAGCAGCAGCAGCAACUUCACCCUUCAUCAUCCGCGUCGUCGUCACAGUCGCAAUCGCAGAGCACCAGCAUGCUGUUGCUGUCGCAGGCAGCGGCAGCAGUCGGUCUCAACAGCAACAACUCCAGUUCCGGGCCAUCCACAACCACCAUCAGCAGUAGCAACAAUAGUAGUAAUAGUAGCAGCAACAUUAGUAAUAACAUCACCAAUAAUAGCAACAUCAGCAACAACCACCCGCUGGCAAUGGAUUGCGAUCCACCUCAUGCGAUCCUCAACAACAGCAGCGCCACUUCAUCGAAUCCUACCCACUACCACCGGAAUCGGUACCUGCAACAGCAGCACCAUCAACAACAGCAGCAGCAACAUCCGCUACUUAGUCACAAAAGCUACGCCCCCGCCUCACUGCCAAUCGACCUGGGGGGGCUGACUCACGGUGGCUCUGAUCCAAACUCAUCCGCAACCUCGGCCGGCGGUCUCAUGUCCGGUAGCUUUACGAGUCAUCCGGUCGUAGUAGGUGCCGCCGGUGGUACCAGCAGUAGCAGUAGUGCUAACAGCAUAGUAGGCGUCGGUGGUGGCAAUGGCGGCAGUAGGAGUCUCCUAUCGCACAGCGUGUCCAGCUAUGCGCCGUUCUCGAUGACCGGUGAUGCUGCAUCUCUGCUGAUGGGCGGUGGCCACACGAGUGUCCCCGGUGGGGCUAGCCACGGUGGAAUGUUGGGAUUGGUCCCAUUUGUCGGUCCCAUCGGAGGCAGCAGCAAUAGUGGAAUCGCUGGUCCAAGUUCACUAGUCACCGGAGGAACGACCACCGGCAGCACCGGACUGGCAAUGUUGGGCGGUGGAGGUGGUGGUGGUAUUGGAACCAUUGUCGGGGGCGGUGGGGGCAGCAGCAGUAGUAGUAGUAGCGCUAGCUCGAAGGGUUUGGGACGGGCUGCUGCGGCUGCGGCGGCGGCGGCCGCUGUAGCAGCUUCCAACGAACGGGACGAAUCGCCGAUGGUUGGUGUGUGUGUUCAGCCUAGUCCGGUCAUUAUCCACUGACGGUCGGUGUGGCGGCGGCCAUGCGGGAAGGGUGUCAAGUACGAUUAGUAAGGGCGGGUUGUGUCUAUGAACCAUGUGGCCUUUUCAGACGGUACCGCGUGGUUUAUGGACGUCCCCCUCCUGGUGUGUUGCGCGGUUUGUGCGUGUGCGAUUGUGGUGCGGGUGGAUUGUGGUGUCCUUUAUUCUCUUUACUUUCUAGGCGCUAGUGAGAUGUAUCGAUCAACGGGACUAUAUUGUAAAUAUGGGGAGUUGUUUGCAAAUAUGAAUUGAACUUUGUUAUUUAACGUACUUGAGAUAGGCAAAAUAGUUGAAAAAUCUGUUUUUCCGUGGAAUAUUUUAGAAUUUAGCAAAAACUGAAAAUGUUCUAAUAUAUAAUUUACGCAGAAGCGUUCGAUUUGUUUUUUUUUUAUAUUUGUUAUUUUUUUCGUGUACAGUCAGGUCUUUUUGUGCGCGGUUUCUAUUUACGUUGCCGCGUAAAUGAAAACUCCAUACAAUAUUUUUUUCAUCGUCGAGAAAUAAUGAAAAAAUCUUCUCGGAACGUGUACAUUGAGGAUGGUGUACUAAUCCCAAGCCCUAUCUAUUGGUUCUCUGUGCAAUUCUGCUAGCUCUGGUUAAUCACGGAGUAGCAACUACGAAGUGUGCGGUCACCAAUAACUUAUGCUCAUUUGGUAUAUUAUAUGUUAUUGUGGAAGAAUUCUCGCAAUGCCUAUGAACUUGUCCACGAUGACGUCACACGCCAACUAACAGCAAGAUGUGAAACGAUAACUGCGGGCUGCGGGUCGUGUUUACUAAAACCGCACCUCACAUCUUGCUUCCAGCGAGAUCCGGUGAACAUCCCGUGAACUUUCGGUCGCUCGGCAUUAGUGUCCGAGCAUUUUGAUACUAGAGCGGGGCAUUUCCAUUCAGAAUCUACCAAUUCUUAUUGGAAACGGUUCUGCUCUAGUGUCAAAAUUCUCGGACCGAGUGAAUCAGGUUCAUCUAUGGAUAAGUCCAUUGAUAAAAGUAAAAUGUAAACAUUGCCCGGGCAGAGAUGAACCAGCAAUAAUUUGUGCUCAAUCUACGAGUUGAGUGACGUGAUGCAGCUCGACUCGCAUAUCGAAGUGAGGAACCUCGACUUGAAUGAGGUCACUCUUCAUUUGAUUUACCCGAAGAGUCACCUCAUUCGAGUCGAGAUUUCUCACCUCGAUGAGUCUAGCUGCGUCACGUCAUUUUACUCGUAGAAUGAGCACAAUUGUCGGUUAAGUGGGGUAAUACGGUAUUUAAUUAUUUCACGGAACAAUUAGUUAAUAUUUGUGAUUUUUAGCACCUAUUCCUAACUAGUUGUGGCUCACAUUAAACAUGUAUGUGUAUGUGGAUAUGUAUUUUAUAUUUUAAUCCAUUUUCAUCGUUAGAGGCUGGAAGCCAUAACUUCGAAAAGGUAAAUCGCAGUCCAAUCCUGCAAGAAAGUAAAAUCUACUGUGCUUUGAAUGAACCUGUUUUGCUAUAGACGAGUGCACCGAUGAACAUUGAGUUCACUGAACCUGAAAAUUUUUGACAACACAGCGGGGUCGACUCUCAACAACUUCUACUCAGAGAUGCAUCACCAAAAUAUGCUGAUAUUUUUUUUUUUGAUUUCUUACAUGAAUUUUCAUUUGACAGCUUCCUGUGGUUUGUUUCGAUUCCCAUUCGUUGCCGUUCUUUUCUCUCGCAGGGAGGAAAUCGAGGUUAACUUUCUAAGCAAAAGUCAAUUGGUUGAUUUCCAGGGUUACUAAUAAUGUUACAUAUGUUUCCACGUCAGUGUUGCCAAAUUUAAGAAGCCUAUCCAAUUUAAAUUUGCCAAACACUUUACCAUUACUAAAGAUUGAAGAAGCCUAUCCAAUUCAAAUUUGCCAAACACUUUACCAUUACUAAAGAGCAUUGUUGAUGGCUGUAUCUCACUCAACUUUAGUCUAAUUUUACCGAGAUACCAUUGAGUUCACUUUAGUAGGUGUGUAUGUAUUUAUAAGAAUUUUAAAUCAAAAAAGGAAGCAUGACUGUACGGUAAUUUUUCAGCAGAGAUCGGAAUUCAGCAACUGAUUACAACGUUUGCUUGCGCUACAAUCUUACUUUCUAUCACAUUCAGUACCGUUUGUUUGGUAAACCCCAAAAGUGUUUCAUUUUUAUACAAACCGAAACCUAGACAAUUAUUUAUACACAUUACACAUACAUUGAAUAGAACGUAAUCAAACUCAUUUCCAGUUUACACACACACCACUUACUGUAUUACACACUAAACAAAUUUUACUCUCGUGUCGUAGAACUAAUCACUUCAUCGAACAUUUCACAAUCGUUCUUUUGUUUAACGAAUCGCGUAUCAUCCUAACAUUCAAAGUACUAGAGGAGCGCCCAUCAUUUCACGACACAUCCAAGAAGAUGUGACAAAAUCUCGUUUAGCCGAAGCGAACCACUAUGAGAAAAAAAAAUACAGAAACAGACUAUUUUAAUUAGACAAACGGAGGUAGCUACCGAAGCAAGGCACGGACACAAACACACCAACUGAAUAUAGAUAAUUUUAGUUUUCUUAAAGAAGAAAAAAAAACAAAAAAACUGACAUCAAAGCUGGAUACUAAAUCACAUCGGUUUUUUUGAUGACAAAUCUGAGAUAUUUCAACUAAAAACAUAAGACCGGAACACAAAUUUAAGACCAAUAAUAAUUUAUUAAAUUAUUAUUUAAAACAAACUAAAUUAAAGCAGAACAAACUGAAACACAAAAACUGAAAAACGGAAAUGACAGAAUCAUUUCACCUGUACAUAAUAACUGAUAGAACUAAUGAAAAUAACUAGAAGAAUGAGACAACAAUACGUUUACGUAAGGUGAAACGUAGAAUGGAAAAGAUAGAUGGGAAGUGCGAAACAGUAAGUAAUUAGAUUAAUACAGCUGAUGAUCAGAGUGGAGAGUAAAUUAAUUAAAUUAAUAACUAAACAAUAGGAGGUAAGCUAAGUAAACAAAAACAAGCAACUAAGUAAGAACAAUUGAUAAGUAAAUAAAGGAAAAUGCUAAUAGCAAACAAAAAAAAUGAACUAGCAAAUACCAAGUACGGUAAACCUAACUGAGAAAAUCCCUUCAAAAGGUGCAAUCAUCAGAGCGGAAAAGGAUCCUUUCUGUUUUCGUUAGGUUUGUUAUUCAACCAACUGCAUCAACCACAGAAACAGAAGAAAAAGGAAAGAACAAAACCAAGUCGAGCCAAAAACUGAAAAAAAAACUCUUUUUAUUCCCAGUGAUUCUUUGUAGGACACACAUUUCAAUACACAAAACACAGCUAUACACACAUAUGCAGCAGUAACAAGUCUGAGAGUUUGCCUGCCGCGAUCGCGUCACAACAAUCACCGAGACACGAUGAUGACGUGUAGAGUAGGGGGCUGGCGAACGAAACAAAGUGACUGGAUUAGUAAAAAUUACCGCUAAUUUAAAGAAAUAACAAAAAAAUACCAACCAACCAUGCAGCAAAGAACUGAUCAUAACGAAACUCAUGCAUACAGACAGGAAACUUCUCACAUACACCUCAACACAUGCUACCCAUGAAGGCAUAACGGUACUAUAAACAUAUGGUAGGAGUUUGAGAAAAAAAAAAUACAACAAAAAAUCACAUUAUUCCAUUGUUAUCUCCUUUGCUUGGGUGUAGGUAUUGUAAAUGGAACAUUUUGAGUCUUGGAGGAAAUUCUGACUGUAUUGCUUGUGGACUUUCUGAAGAAUUACAUGAACAAGUUUCUCGAAAGAGCUUCAACUCCUUAUAACCGCAUGGUCUUUAUUUCUAAAAAAAAAUAUCUUGGAAAAUUUGUCGUGCUAUUUGCUGAGAUAUUUGACGAUUGUAGAAUCAUUUUCUAAAGUGUGGAUUAUUUUGUAUCAAAAGAAUUUUCACUAAAACAAUAUUUCAAAAGAAGUGAACAAAAUCAUCAAAGUUUCUGGAGAUUUGCUAACGACAUUCUUAGUGGAACCUCUGAGGCCUUUUGGUUUGAUCCCUCAGGAUUUUUUUACGAACGAAAUUUUUAGAUUACUCUGUUCCGGACAAAAUGUUUGGAAUAAUCUUAAAUAUUAAGAAAUGUUUUGAAGAAAGAGGAAAUUAUUACGAAUUUGCAGAAUGAAAAUCAAUGGACAAAAGUUAACGUUUCUACGGAAAUCGCUACCCCCGAGGUUUCUAAAUUAUUUUCAGGAAAAUGUUCAUUUUCAUUCAACAAAUUACUACUCUUUACACACUAAGAAUAAAUCGCAGAAUUCUGUGAAAUUUCACCGAAAUCUCAAUAGCAGAUUUUUCGGUAAACUGUUCGGUGUUUUUUUGUUUCACCGAACGAAUUGUGAAGAUUGAAAAUGCUGAUCUGUCAAAUUCACCGAAAAUUUCGGUGAUUUUUUUUACGAAAUUUCUGUGAAAUAAUUGUUUGGUUUUGCAGAUUUCACAGAACUUUCGGUGGUUGUUAAAACAGGUUAAAACAAAUAUUCGGUGGAUUUUCAGAUAGAUUAUUUAUGGUUCACAAAUAUUGAUCGUAUUUUCAUUGGAUAGCACCAUAAAUUCCCUAGAAAUUUUCCCAUUUACACUUCUUCCUUGUUGGUUAAUGGUUUGAGAAGAAUUCCUCCCAAGGUCACCAAAGUUUGAUUAAAUUUCUCUAUUAUUUCUGCCGAAAAUUCGUUCCUAAAACAAAAAUACAAAUUCAUUAGAUCCAUACUAAAGUUUACUAGAUGGACUCAAUAUAUAAAACGUGGAGAUUUCACCAUAUAACAAUUUAUUCCAUUUUCAAACAAUAUUGUGCAGAUUCUAUUCAUGACAAUUUUGAAAUUCUUGACAAUGGUGAAAUUUGUAAUCUUACCUGGAAUUAUUCUCAAAAACCUGGAAAAAAUGUAGGAGUUUCAUUUUUUAAUCGAGUAGACACUCGCAGUUAGACUAGACAAAUCUUUGGACAAAAUCUUCAGUUGGAUACAUUAAAUACAUUGGAUUCGUGAAAUCUUUAUGAAAAUUUUAGAGGAAAAUCUCAUCAGAUUAAAACAAAUACUGAAAAAUUUUGAGAAAUUAUAGGAAUUUCCGAAAAAAGGAUAACAUGGUAGGUAAAAUCGUCGGAGAUUGUAUGGAGGUGCAUCUGAAAGAAUUCUAUGAUGACACAUUCUAACGCGACCUUACAAAGUUUUGACGCCUUCCACUAUAACUUAUAAAUACGACUUCAAACCUCAAAUAUUUUUUCAUAUUCGGAUUCCUUGUAAAAUUUGCAGUACCGUAAUCCGGGGUUAAAUUGAUCACUUUAAAACAACUUUUGCGGAGAACAUUAGCGGCAAUUCAAAUAUUGCCAAAAGAAUUUCUGUAAAACCAGUACCCAGUGGAUCUCCAUGAAACCAUGUGACAGAAUUUAGUUCAACAACUUUAAACUUUAAGUUAAAUAACUCCAAAAAUCAAAAAAAUGAAAAUGCCACUUUGGGGCGAAAUUGAUCAGCAUACAAUUAAGCAUCGGUUAGAGAGGAAUAUUUCCUUUUCCGCUUAAUGUUGCUCUUCUAAACCCGAAUAACGCAUUCAAACUCUUACAACUAGUGAAUUUGACGCUUAAAAUGCAAAAUUAAAUUUUUAAAUCUCCCCCUAAACGCCUAAAGGUAGGCAAUUUCCUUUGAAAUAAGUGAUUUAUAUCACAAUACUUGACUAUUUCAUCAAAAAAUAAACUUCAGAUGUGUAGCAAGCUACACAACUUCCCAACCAAGGCUCCACAAAAAUGUUAAAACAGAGAAUUUACGGGAAGUCCUAUUGGCAAUCGUUACUAAACAAGCAUUGAUUUCAGCUAAGUGAGAAUGCUAAGUGCAAAUUCCUAAAAAAAUAAGGCAAAACUAGUUUUUAUCUAAAAAAUUAAAAGUCUACACUCAUCUCUAGACAUCUAAGAACUAGAUGACAUACAAAGUUUAAGAUCAUUACGACCCUUAAGAGUUUCUAGUUUGGAAUUAGAAUGUGGUACCCAAAUGAUCAAUUUCACCCCGCUGAUCAUUGUGACCCCGGUUUACGGUAGGUAAAUAGAUUCUAUAACAUUUCCCAGAAAACCGUUUCCCAGAAUUCCAUUCCCCAGAAUGUACCAUUACCCAGAAAACAUUAAACUUUUGGGUCUGGUACGUUUGGCAUUGGACAUUUGGCGUAAGGGACAUUUGGUAUGAAGGACGUUUGACAUAAAGGACGUUUGGCACAAUAAGGUCGUUGGCAUAAGGGGUGUUUUGCAUAAAUUGAAGAAGGGCCUUCAGUGGAAGGAAGGAACACAUGUUAGUGGCGCAUUAUAUUAGACCUUUUAUUGGAGAUCAAAUGUGAGGUUAGGUAACGAAAACUUUUCAACUUUGGAAGCAAUAAUAACAUAUUUCUGGUCAAUACUUUGUAUGAAUGUUAUAAGAAUUUGCACUUAUAGAACUUUUCUUCCGUUUGUACUAUUUGUAAUUCAGUCUACAGUUCGUAAUUUACUGCUUUAGAAAAGCGCCACCAGCGCAAUUUAGGUUUGCGUUUGAUCGUCAAUUACCGAAACAAAUAUUUGCUUCAACAAACAUGAUAUUUUUUCGAAAGAGGAAUUUUCCUUCUUUUGUAUAUAGGCUGUUCUUGAUCGAGGUAAGUAAUUUUGAUUCCGGCAAUAAUUAUUUUCAGAAAAUCAUCUUUGUCUGUUUAUUGCAUCGAGAUAAAUUUAUGCAUUGUUAUUUUAAUAGUAUUCUUAUUCUUAACCUUAAGUAUGUACAUAAUUCCUGAAAUAGUUUUACGUCAAACGACCUUUAUGCCAAGUGCCCUUUACUCCAAACGUCCUUAUGCCAAAUGUCCUUAUGCCAAACGAUCUUAUUGCAAACGCACCAGACCCAUAAAAUUUACAACAGUGUAUAUUGCCUUCUUUUAUACGAAUUAAUGUUAAAAGGACUGAAAAAGUUAUAGGGUAGAAACAUCAGUUUUGGCCAGUCAGGUAUUUUGGCCAUAGUGCGUUAUUCAGCCUGUUGCGAUCUAAACCAGCAAAACAUUAUUGUUUACUACUAGAUCCUAAUAUAGUAUGAUGAUUAAAGCUGUGAAAACCAUAGAAUUUGAUUAAAAAAGGCAAUAAAAAAAUAAUUUUCCUUAAAAUGUCUAUUUUGGCCAGGGUGCUUCUAAUUUGGCCACCCCCAUAAGAAUACACGUGAUUGGCCAAAAUAGAAAUCGAAGUUGAGAAUAUGGCCAAAACUGACGCAGAGCUUCUAUUUUGGCCAGUGCCACUUUUAAUACAAAAAUCAAGUAUUAGCUUGGUUUCUGCAUUUUUCCUAUACAGUAUAGAUUGAAACCUUUCAUUUGACACAUUGAUAGUUUUCAUAGGAUUAUUGGUUAUUUUUAUAAAAACUAUUUCCCUUAGACUGGCCAAAACCGGUGCCCGCACCCUAUCACGUGUUCACUUCUAGGUGAACCUGUUAAGAAUUAAUCAUUUAUAGCAAAUAAUAGAAUGUCAAUCUUUGAGCUUUCAGGCUGACUUUCAAACUUGUUUUCUUCGAACCAAUAUUCUAUUGCGCAUCAUGCAAAAUGAUUGUGCUACGGCUACCUUUCCCCGAACGCCGAAUCCCCGCGAAUGACGUUUCCCCGAAUGGCCCAUUUCUCCGAAUGCGCCCUUCUUUAUUUUAUAGGCGGUUAUUGUAUUGCUUCUUAGACCUUUAAAGAACUGCUGAAGGAAGAACGACAAUAUUACUCCUUCUUUCCAUUACUGCUCGUUCUUUUUAUUCAUAUUGUUCCUAUUGAGUUGUCCAAAAAAGUCUCACGAAACCUACUGCAAGCCUAUCCAUAUACGUGAGAACAAAAGAUGUUUACAAAGUUCUUACACAUAGAUUAACACGGGAAAUCUGAAUACAAACCACUACCACACAGGAAUUUGGAUUGGUCAAUAGAGAUAAGUGACAUUUCAACACACGAACACUAGCGCAAAUUUUUCCUCACACAAAAGUGCACGCCGAUUGAAAGGCUAUUCAGAUUGCAUAUGCACAUAUUACCCAAUCGAAUUGGGUAAAACGGGUAAAUAAUGAUAAAACUAACGUCCGAGGCAAGAGUGCAAAUAUUUUCCUCGCAGUUUCACAACUACAUCUACAAAAGGCACGCAUACAUUUGAACGUGAUUGAUUACCUCUAUUGGCUUUUCAGCUUAUGCUUCAUUCAUUCGUUUGACAACGUAAUCCAUCCUUACCAUGAACAUUGCGUGGCUCUUCGAACAAGAAUGUAGUGUAUACCGUUGAACUAGGGCUCGGAGAAACAACAUUCGGAGAACUGGCAUUCGGAGAAAGGUAACACAAUUAUGCAACCGUUGAUGCAACAUAACAUCAUCAACCAAAAAUAACAAAAAAUACCCUUCAUUAUUUUGCGCUCCUCUUGAGAAAUAACAAACAUAUAGACAUAAUUUUGCUAUUAGUAAUACAUUUAAAAGAAGGAUACAAUCCUAGUGAGUUCAGCGCUUUAUAGUAAUUUUUCUAAAAUAAAGUAUUGAACCCAUGUCGAUAAUCGAUCCAAAUACCCCAUUUCCCCGAAAGCCUUUUCCCCGAAUGACCCAUUUUCCCGAAAAGGGUAUACAUAUAUUAGACUGGGUCAACAAAGUCGAUUUUUCGGAACAAAGCUCUUUCGAUACAUUUUAGCGUCCAAAGUAACUGUACAAAAUUUGGGAGCUAUUGGUUGCUUCCCCGUAUUCCGCAUUGCGAUUGAAAUUUGUAUGGAAUUUACUAUGGGAAAACGUGCUUUUUUGCAUUUUUCUUAUAAAUUGAAAUUUUUCGUCUAAAACAACCCAACCAAUGACGGCAAAGUAUAGCCUAGGAUAUGCCGAAAAACUUUGCCGAAGACCGCAAAGUGAUCCGACACUUGUGAAAACAGUUAUAACGUAAAGAUUGCCCGGUGGUGCUUAACAUUUAACAUGUAAAGGAAUAACAUCAAUAAUAAAAUCUCAAAUUUUGGCCUAACUUACCAGGCGAAUAACUUUUUUCCAGGGGGCUGGACACUUCCUUUUCUAACCGGGAAAUCCUCAUUUAUCCGUUUCUAACCGCCGCUAACCGCUGCUAACCGAGCAACAGUUAGACCACAGUUAGACGCGGUUAACGACGGUUAGCAACGGAUAAAUGCGGAUUUUUCCGGUUAGCAAAGGAAAUGCCAUUCCCCUUGCUUUUUUCACAAGCGUCGGAUCACUUUGAGGUCUUCGGCAAAGUUUUUCGGCAUAUCCUAGGUUAUACUUUAACGUCAUUAGUUACAUGGUGUUGGACAAAAAAAUUCAACUUAUGAGUAAAAUGCAAAAAAGUACGUUUUCCCAUACUAACUUCCAUACAAAUUUCAAUCGCAAUGCGGAAUACGGGCACAGACAAACAGACAUAUUACUUAGAAGAAAAUUGCUUCAAAAACAUAGUUUUGCAUCUCACUAGUACCCUCUAUAAUGCUCAGUCCGAAGCAUGCAAUUGCAGGUGUUGUUUCCCUCGGCUCGAUGUAACAUUUUUGCAGGUGACGACUCCCCCGUGCCGUCAUCCAUUCAUAAAACAUGAAUGAAGGUUCAUGAUUGAGUCAUUUUAUGUAAACACUGAUCGGCGUCGCGUUCAUUUCUCUCCAAAAUUGAGAGGUGAUGUAGGCACAGCAGCGCCACCAUGACACAUGCGAGCACAGUCCGAACCACACUAUAUUUUCAAAAUGACCGUUAAAUCGUGCUAUGAUUUCGAUUUGAGUAGUAUGUCUGUUUGUCUGUGAUACGGGGACGCAACCAAUCGCGCCCAAAUUUUGCACAGUUAUUUUGAACGCUAAUAUAGAUUGAAAAAGCUUUGUUCCGGGUUGAUACGAUCAAAUUUAAAGUUUCUCCAUACAACGUUGACCCACUCUAGUAUAUAUGUAUUACAUUCUUGUUCGAAGUGAUCCUUUACCACACUAUGUUCCUGAUCCUAAAAAUUAGGUUGUUCUAAGAGUUAUCCGUCUUUACGCUAGGAAGUCAUUAUAGAUAAUGUAGUAUUAAUGAAGGAAUGGAAGAAUUAGCACCUAUGAAAAGAAGGAGCAAUAUUGCCAUUGUUUAUUCAGCUGUUUUUAAAAAAGAAGGGUGCAUCGUAGUGCAUAAUAUAUGUUUCGGGGAAAAGUCCCAUUCGGGGAAACGGCAUUCGGGUAACCGACAUUGAAGGAAAAGUAUCACAACCUAGAUAAUCAAUCUUUCUAGUGAUGCACCCUUCUUUUGUCUCACUAAACUUUUCUGGGGAAUGGUUUUCUGGGAAAUGGUACAUUCUGGGGAAUGGAAUUCUGGGGAUUGAUAUUUUGGAGAAUGUUGUAGAAUCACGUUGUAACGUGACGCUACUAAUUCCCACUUGAACAUACUUUUCCAAUGAAAACUAAAUGUUACGGUAGAAUAUGUCAUAUAGAAUUCCUUCAGAUGCUACUCCAUAAAAUCUCCGACGAAUUUAUCUUCCAUGUUACCUUUUUUUCGGGAAUUCCUAUAAUUUCUCGAGAUUUUUAAGAAAUCUCUGAGAUAACUUCGAGAAAAGUUCUUAGUAAGGAUCUCCAGAUAAACUUACCUUAACCUUAAACUCUCUCUUAAAUCUAAAUUCUUAGAACAUUUCUACGAGAAAUCUCGAAAGGUAUUCCUGUGGAACAUUUAUAGUAAUUUUCUUGAGAAUUUGUUAGAGAAUCAAAAAAACUAAAGAAUUCAUCUAAAAUCUCUAAGGAAUUAUUUAAAAAAAUAAAAUCGUGUACUAAUUCUUGAGUUUUUCGAAAAAUUUACAUAAAAAACAGAAAAAAACUAAAAUAAUUAAAUACAAAUCAGUGGCGUCUCGUAACCUCACUUUUCCUGUUCAGCGAUCCAAAUACUUGUAAUUGCUAAGAGCACAUAAAAAUGGGCGCCAACAGCUUUUCUGUCAUUUUCUAGUAAAAUUAAGUAUUUUGCAUUUGUUUAGUGAAAUACCUGGAUAAAUUAUUGAAUAAAUUCUAAUUAGAAACCCCCUGAAGAAAUCAUCCCUGGAGGGUUUUCAAGAAGCAAUCCACAAGGAAUCUUAUGAUAAUUUUUGACGAACUUUUCCGUCCAAUUUCCACAUAAAGAAAUCACGAGGGAAAUAUAUUGAAAAAAAAAUGACUCAUUUCGGCACGACUAGCUCCAAGAGAUUAAAUUGAACAAUAUCAGAAGAAAGUUCUGGUACAAUAUCUAAAUGAAUGGCAGAGGCGACCCUAAAAAGUCUUCUGAAGUAACCUCACGAGGAAUUCCUCCUGAAGAAAUAUAAAAGAAAUGCGGAAAGGUCCCGGAGCAAUUAUUCGGAAGUUGUUUGCUCACUAAUUUUCGAACAUCUUUGAGAACAUUUGUAGAGCAAUUCCGAUGAAAAUUUUUGGAGAAAUUUAAAAUCCUAAAAAGAACUUAUUGAGAAUCCUCUGGAGGAAUUUCAGGAUUAAAUUCGAAAGUUUUAUGAUGAGUGUCUUUGGGAAAAUUGUUUGCAAUAUCUGAGCAAAUCCCUGAAUAAGCAUAAUACCUGUAUCCGCAAUAAUUUGGAAGCGAUGUACUAUCAACAAUUUUACACAGCAUUUUUGCCUUGUACUAAUGAUUAGUGUUGCAGCAAUACGUUCGUCUGGGACAAAUUUGGCCUAUUCUGUGGACCAGUGAAUCAAAAUUCAACCAUCGCGCAACAAUAAUGACAAUGUCGCAACCUGUAUGUGUUGCGACAAUCCACCCAAUGCGACAUAAGUUUGUUCCAAGUUGAAAAUAAUAGGAUAAACAUCGUACACCAAGAGUUUAGAGAUUUUUAAGCCUUGCAUUGCGAUUUUCGAACGGUAACUUCGAGUCGGUAAACACUGCAACUCUGGUGAAGCUCUAUCAUCAAACAGUUUCGACUUUGGGUUAGUAAUAAUUGAUUAUUCACGAAUUGAAAAGUACGCAACAAAUUCAGCUUCCAUUUUGUCUGCAACAAAAAAUUUCGAGAUCAUGUCAUUAUCUGUUACCAGUAGGGAUAAAGAGUAAUCGUCGCUCCUUCUUUGUUGCUUGUUUUGUGCCUCUUUUGUCUGACAAUUCUCUUCACUGCUGUGGGCCAAUCAGUGGCGAUUCUCUAACCUCAAAUCUACCUGUUCCACAAGUAUACAUUUCGAUUGUUUAUGAACUAUUGAGUUUCUAAUCGGUGUACAAUGACAUACACUACCCGUCAUAAGUAUAGACUCACAGAAAGUAUUGCAACAAUAUUGCAUCACCCUGACUCAGCUCGAUAUAUCCAAAACCUGAGGACUUAUAAAGAUGCUGUCUUCACCAAAGUUAUUCAGGAGCCCAAAAGCAACAACUUUUCCGAAGGCGGCAUUUUUGUAGGUGUUCUGGUUUCAGAGAUAUCGAGGUGUGUCAGUGUGAUUCAAUAUUGUUGCAAUACUUUUUGUGAGUCUAUACUUAUGACGGGUAGUGUAAAAUGAUGAUUCUGGUUGUUUCCGCUCCGUUUUGUUCAUAAAUUUGCCGGAAUUACUGAUUUUUUGAUCGUAGAACAGGUAAAAAGUGAGGUUACGAGGCACCACUGGGGCCAAUGUUACGAGCCUCUGUGAGAAACAUUGUAGAAACAGGUAGAUACAUUUAAAAGUUAGGAUUUUCAGAGAAUUGCCUGGAUAAAUCGCUAAAAUUAAAUUUAAGGAACAUCUUGCGGAGCAAUAUUUGUUGAAUAAAUUUCAGGAGGAAAUCCGGGAUAUCCCUGAGAAGUUAUUCUGAGGAAUUUCUCUUUAAAUUUCCGGACAAAUCUGUAGAAAUAAAUAUUUAAAGGAAUUCUAAUAAAAUAUCGAUACGAGGUUUUAUCGUAAUCUCUUGAAAAAUUCUAGAAUAAAUUCGAAAACACAUUGAAAGAAUUGUUCCAGUCCUAGUAACAUUUCGAAAUGGAAUUCAGGAAAUUUCUGAUGGAUUAGUUAGAAGAAUUUUUCAUACAAUUUCUGGCCGAACCACGCUUUUCGAGAGAACUAUUUGGAAAAAUAUCUUGAAAAUCUUCUUUGCUUAGCUUAGCUUAGACUGACUGUGCAUGUCAAUAGCUGCUCCUCCGUGAUUGAUCUGAACUGGUACGAAUUGCACUGAGAUCCAACUGAAUAAGGGACGGGGACACUCCACUACAAAGUGUAAUUUAAGCAGCUCAUACAUUUUGGUUCAAUACCGGCACCGGCCAAUGGCUAUGGCUAUGAAUUAAUGAAUAUAUAUGAAUUGUAUAUGUAGAGAAGAGAAAGCAGAUAGAAAGAUACAAAGUAGGCGGAAAGGGACGGGCCAGGGAUUGAACCCAGGACCUUCAGCAUCCGAAUCAGAAGCGGUAACCACUAGACCCCCAAGCCCGUCAGCUUUUCGAAAAUCCUCUUUGAAAACAUUUAGUGUUUAGGAAGAAUUUUUUAACAAAUCAUUACAUUGGGUGAUUUGGAAGGAUUUAUGUUCAAUUUCGGAAGAAGUUCCUCACGCAGUCUUUUAGGAAAAAAACAAAAGAAAUUUAUGGAGUCAACUCUAAUGUAAUUUGUAAAUAAAUCCUCAGGGUAACUCAUGAAAAAAAAAACUCCGAGUCUCUUAUGAAAUUCGUAGAGGAAUUCUUGGGGGAAAACCUGUAAUCCGGAACAUAAUCUAUAUUUUUAAGCAUUCCCAAGAGAAUUAACGACGUAUAAUUUAAUAGUUUAUUUAAAAUUUCGAUAGUUGACCGUGGCGCUCGCAUCGUUUCUGUACGAGUUUGACGUUUGUCAACUACCGCCACCUACUUCAUGUUCAUGGUUGGCCAAACUCAGUCCUUUUAGCAUUGGACGAAUAUGCUUCCGUGACUAUGAUGAUUGGAGUCGAACAAUGUUUGAAGUAUUACGUCUGUUUGCCUGCGCACGCAGAAAAAAGCAUGGUAAAAUCAAAAAUAUUUCAGGUAAACUCGAAUAAAUUGUCAAUUUGUUAUGGCAACAAAAAUAAAACUGUUUGGAGCAAAUCGAACGUCACAUUUGAAGCAAAUUCAAUCCAUUUUUGAAACAAACAUGCAUCUUCUGACAGGUUAUGUUAGAAACAAAUGUAAAUUUUUUUGUUUUUUUUGUGGCAGGUCGGCCCUACGGAAAUAUUUGUUUUCCAAUUAAAUUUUCAAAGUCAUUUCCUUCUCUAGGAAAACCCAUUUCUCGCGUGGCACUUUCGAUGCCAACAUCAUGUAGAUAACAUACGCUCCCGAAAUCAAUGGGAUUUCGUGGAAACUUUUGGUGAAACAUGACUUUUUCUGCAAGAGGAAAUCUUGUUUGGUGCUGCAGCUGGAACUUGAGAGUUUUGUUUAUGUUCUCGACGGCGGAACGGGGGGCUCUUCAAUGGGUAUUGUAGAAAUCAAUAUGUAAUUGAGUUAGUUUUAAAAAUUAUUAUUUUAGUUAUAAGUAUUUUAUCAGUUUACCGAAUAAACAUUAAUAUUUUUGUUUCAAACGAACGAAAUUUGUCUUCGUGCGGGAUAAAGUUUCUGCAUACCACAAGUUUCUUAUGGUAUUUACAACAAAACCAUUCAAUUUCUAAUGAAAACCAUGAAUUUUUAUUAUUGGUCAAGUAAUGGAAUCGUUAUGAAUUUGUGGAUGGCACCUACACUCACACCACCAGAAAACGCACACACACACACACACACACACACACACACACACACACACACACACACACACACACACACACACACACACACACACACACACACGCGCGCAUAAUAGGGAGCUGAGAUAUCUUCUCGCUGGACCUCACAACCGAAUCCAGAAGUUGUAGCGUCUCAAACGAGAAGACACACUCUGAGUCCCUCUCUAAUCAUUAAUCGAAAUAUUGAUCAUGGAGAAUACACAAUGAGUAAUGCAAACCCUAAAUUAAUAUAUUUAUACACACAUACGACAGAAACCCGGAAGCGAAACACAAACACAAACAAAGCGAAAAAGAAGGCAUGCACCGAACGCGGCAGAAUUAAAACGAAGAGAUGACUAGAAGAGCGAACGAAACAAGUAAAAUCAAUGAUAUGACAAGCCAAAAAAAAACAUUUGUUAAAAAAAUCAGAAAACAAAACAAAAAACAGAAACCGCAUUAAUGAUUAGAGAUUACAAAAGUACGGUUUAGCAAUACAAACGAAAACAAAACAAAAAAAAAAACUGGCAUAUUAUUGAUUUUGAGUUGGCGCAGCGCGACCGGAAGUGUGCCCCUCAAGAAGAAGUACCGGAGAGAGCGUUGUAACCGAACAGUAGCAAUAAUCGAGGGAGAAAUACUGAAUACCCGGCCGGGGAGGCACGUAUAGAUUGGAAAUCAAGCGAAGCGCCAUUCUUUUUCCACAAAAGGCUGGGGAAAGGGAAGAAAAAAACAAUAUCGACAAAAAGAGGAAAAAAAAAGAAAACGAGAUAGGAAGUAACACAACCGAGAUGGACAGAAAGGCGGAAAUGUAUGACGCAAAAGUGAAAAUGAAUGCGGUAACGUAAUAAUUACAAA